AGCGGCAAAGAAAUUUCAUUGCACUCACCCGUGCACAAAAUAUUGGAUUCUGGUGAGAUGUCGAGGCGCCCAAGUCACUUUAGAUCGUUUUCCACGGGAAAUGAAAAGCAACGAUUUAUCCCUGGGAUAAAUUAUCACCCCUACGUGACGGUUUCUAACGUGCUGCCGAACCUGCCAUCAUUCCGUCGGAGACAUUUUGAAAAUGCUUGCAAUGAUAUAUUCCCUGUGCAGUUGAACCACCCUGUCAGCGGACUUCCCUUAACCAGUGACAGAAUAAACACGGAUCCAAGGUUUCUGAAAGGGAAAGUGGAGGAACCGGCUUCUUCGAACCCUCAGUACGCUCCAUGUCAAGAAGAUGGCAGUGAAGACAUGGCUCAGACGGAGCAAACGAUUCAGCAAGUAAAAUUUGGAGCUUCUAAAAUUAAAAUGGCAAAGGAAGUACAAUUUACUAUUCUGAUAUAUGAAUGAUUUAGUUAAUUUGGUUUUAUCAGCUGUUUCGAUACCGUAAAGAGUUCGUUAAGCCGAAGCUUCGAGCGUUAGCACUUCGUCAGAGCAAAUGAGAAGUUGUGUGUUGUAUGUGGUAUGUGGUAUAUAUAUAUGUGCAGAAAAAUGGGGAUAUGCUAUUGGUAGGAACAUGAUAACGUGAAAAACACAAGAAAAAAUUAGUUGAAUGAAAAGCGUUCGCUUUUAUAACGUGGGGGUUAAGAAAGAUUGAUGUAGUACAGCAGGAAUGAAGACUUCUUACGGGGGGGAAGGGGGAAAAUUAAGUUACUAAAUCAAUACUGAUUAUAAUGAAAAAAGUGACGAUGAAAUCAGUUAUGAUGAUAGUAGGGGUUUUGAUUCUUCCACGAGCAAAGAUUUUUCCAAUUUUGGUCAAUUUUGUAAAGUGCGCGAUGUGAACAAAAUAUGGAAAUAGCAUGAAAAUCGAGCCCCAACAUGAGCGGUUGCCAGCAAAAUUCCCUCAGGGGAUUCGCCCAGGUUUGAGAUUAUGACACCUUCCUGAUUUACUAACUUUUAUUUAAAGAUACGUUUUUCUAAAUCACUCAGGUGCUUUAAAAGAUUUCAGAAAAAUUUUUUUCUAUGGGAACGAUAGGAUAAAUGUUUGAAUUCAGCCUAAAGAAAAGAAAAAUCGAUUUUUUCGGUCCCUUAACAGGUACACUGGGUGGCUCUUUGUUAAAUUUUCCCUUAAGAGCUGCAAAUUAUGUGAGGCUACUAUCAGUUGCAGCAAUAAACGUCUACAGAGAUUUACAGAUGUGUUUUAAUUCAGUUUUGUUUCACCAUUUUAACGGUAUAAAAUAAUAAU